AUGGAGGCCCCCACAUGUUCAGAAAACAAUGACCUAAGUACUGUAACGGCUGGCGCCCAAGGCUCGUCCCCAAGAUCACUGGAAGGCAACAACCUGAAAGCCGUAGCAAAGUACAUCAAGUCAGAACGGUGCCGCAACAUCUGUGUCAUGACAGGUGCCGACGCUCAAAUCCCUGAUAAAGGUGAAAUCGCCCCCGCCUCUGAGAUAGCCCGUCUUUCUGCUAACCUAAAGGGGUCUUUUCACGGUUCACUUCUUGCAGACAUGAACCUUCCGUACAUGGAGGCUGCGUUCGAGCGCGAUUUAUUCCUUCAAAAUCCACUCCCCUUCUUCGUCGCCGCCAAAAAGCUUUGGCCCGGCCAACGUCGCCCCACACUCACCCACGCAUUCAUCAAGCUCCUCGACUCCAAAAACCUCCUCCACACCAGUUUCACACAGAACAUCGACAUGCUCGAGCGCGCCGCCGGCGUCCCCCCCUCCAAGCUCGUCGAGGCGCACGGCUCGUACGCCGCGCACAGCUGCAUCGAGUGUGCGGCGCCGUACGACGGUGCCAAGAUGGAGGAAGCGGUGAUGAGCUUGGCGAUACCCCGAUGCGAGGCGUGCGGCGGCCUCGCGAAAUCUGACGUGGUGUUGUACGGAGAUCCGAUGCCCCCCGCCUUCUUCUCCUCCCUCCCCCGCAUCCUCCACUCCGACUUACUCAUCGUCAUGGGCACCUCCCUCGCCGCCCGCCCCUUCGCCGACCUCGCCGAGCUCGUGCGAGGAGACUGUCCGCGCGUGCUGCUCAACAAGGACGCAGUGGGCGAGUUCGAGAGGCCGGAUGAUGUCGUUCGUCUUGGGGAGUGUGAUCAACUGGUGAGGGUGCUCUGUAGGGAGCUGGGAUGGGAGGGGGAGCUUGAGGAGGCGUGGGAGGCAGUUGGGGGGCGUGUGGAUCGAGGGGGGGUGAUUGGUGUGGGUGCUGGAGGUAGCGACGACGAGGGGGGAAAGCUAUUCGACGGGGAACUCGAGAACAUAACACGCGGGAUUGAUAGCAUGCAUGGUUUGGGACAGGCAUGUCCUGCCUAA